GUUUGUUGUUAUUGACAGUAGCAAAUACUUUCUUAAUUAAUUGCAAUAACAAUUGUUUAGCUAGUUAAAAUGUUGGACCUAAAUGGCAAACAACUAACCGUUUUAACAAACUAUUUACCUCCAUUUGUCUUUCCAUCCAAUGGUGUAAUUGAUGGCACAGAAACACCGCUUUUGCAUACAUUAAGUCAUUAUAUGAAUUUCACGUACGAUCUCAUCGAUUGUCGCUUUGAUUUUGGCAUUAAAUACCCGAAUAAUACGUGGAGUGGACUCAUUGGUAAACUUGUAUCCCAGGAGGCGGAUUUUGGCAUAUUUAACAUGUUUAUGUUGAGCGAGAGGGCAGAGGCGGUGCCAUUUAGUUACCCAUACUUUAUCGAUUCGGUCACAUUUACAUACCCGGCGCCCACCAUACGGCCCAAUCACGUAACUUUAUGGGAACCCUUUGACCGAUUCACCUGGAUCUAUUUGUAUCUCAAUAUAAUUAUGCUGUUUAUAUUCCUGUAUAUUAUGUCCAUUCGCGGUAAAUGUCACGUAUUUUGGAUUAUGGUAACAAUUUUGGUGAAACAAACGCACGAUAUUAAGCCGUACCUAAGGUUAUGGCUGUGCGCCUGGAUAUUGGGCGGCGUUGUGCUGACCGCCGGUUACGGCGGUGUGUUUUACUCAAAUAUGGCCCGACCUGUAGAGUCCGGGCGUAUCGAUACGCUAGAUGAUUUAAAUAUAGCCCAACGCAAUGGCAAAAUUAAUAUUAUUGGGGUAAAGGGUGGCAUUUAUUACGAAAUGAUUAAGCAAUCGGAUUCCGGUGUAGUGCAAGAGAUUGGCCGCGCCAUGGAUUCAGUGGCCAACUAUCAGACGGCAAUGUUUUUAUUGCAGACAUCACAACAGCCCUAUGCCUUUGUGUUGGCCAAAGAGUUGCUGUGCUAUUCAUUGCAUCGAUACGAUGUCCGCCACUAUACUCUUCCCGACAAUACUAUGGACUCAAUAUUUACGUUGAAUUUUAUAGCCAUUCCUAUGAAUAAACAGUUUCCAUAUAAAACCCAAAUCAAUGAAUUGUAA